CAGGGUCGGCCCCACCUACCAUGGGCCAUUUGCGCUGUGACGGCGCGGGUUUUCUUUCGACCGUGCGCCCACACGCACGGUAGCCCUGGUCGAAAUUUGGCAAAUCCGGCGAAAAACCUCGAGAGUGACCGAUCGAACGACGACACCGCACGACCACCUUCUUCACCACCAACUGCGACCCAACCGCGCCGUCAAAAUGGUGAACGUUCCGAAGACCAGAAAAACUUUCUGCAAGGGCCGCGACUGCGGCAAGCACACCUUGCACAAGGUCACCCAGUACAAGGCCGGCAAGGCUUCGGCAUUCGCGCAGGGCAAGCGCCGUUACGACCGCAAGCAGUCCGGUUACGGUGGUCAGACCAAGCCCGUCUUCCACAAGAAGGCGAAGACCACUAAGAAGAUCGUGCUCCGGCUGGAAUGCUCGGUGUGCAAGACCAAGAAGCAGCUUCCGCUCAAGCGGUGCAAGCACUUCGAGCUCGGUGGUGACAAGAAGACCAAGGGUGCUGCCCUCGUGUUCUAAGCGCCCAGCGGUUGGGGAAGUCGAUGGUGACGAAAUGAGGACAUGGCUAUGGUUUUUCGGAAACCGACCCUGCAUGGCUCUGCCCGCCAUGUGGUGCGAAUCCAAACAGCGAUUUCGAUCUUGACAUGGGGGAAAUCGGGCAUAGAGGGACAUGUACAUGGGCAUGGGUGGUUCGGACGCGGAACAACAAGCACAAUACCAUCCUUGGGGCGUUUCGUCUGCGCUUUUAUUCACGAAUAAUGCUUCUGCUUCCCACGCGCCCCGAUCACGGGCACCUGCAAGCUCGCUUGUCUCGGCCGGCGUUUUGUGGUGCGGAGGACGGCGUCCAUAGUUGCCGAAU